AUGGUUUUCUUGUGCAAGAAAGUCACUCUUCUCUUAACCCACAUUGACUUCAAUAUUAUAGAAAAUAGUCACAAUGAGAUGUCAAAUGUUAAUAAACGUCGAUUUCAUAGCAAUUUUGUGCUGGGCAACGCGCAAGUGAAGGAGUACCCGAUUGUCUACUGCUCGGACGGCUUCGUCGAACUGACAGGAUUCGGCCGGUCGCAAAUUAUGUCGCGCUCCUGCAGUUGCACCUUCCUCUGGGGUCCACUAACCGAAGAGUCUGCUAAGGACAGCAUCUGGUCCGCACUCAAGGUGCACACGGAGCUCAAAAUUGAGGUCAUGUUUCACAAGAAAAACGGAAACGCCUUCAGAUGCCUUCUGGAUAUUGUGCCUAUCAAAAACGAGAAGGGGCAGGUGGUGCUCUUCUUGGUGUCACAUAAAGAUUUGACGACCCAGAAAAAACCUUCUGGAAAUUCAACGAGCCUGCUGUCAUGUGGAUUGGCGUCUACGGUGACAGCUGCGGCUCUAGUCACGAAACGCCAGCCGGAACUGAUGCUUCCUUCAGGCAACCGAAUUCCCUCUAGAGUGGUGCCUGUACGUAGAGCCAUCACGCCGUCUUCCACCCUACGUCGGGCGUCGGCGCCGCAUGUUGGUCGAGAUUCGACACCUCGGGUGCGCUUUGGCUCCUGUUUCGGCAUUCAGAAUGAAUCGGUUGGCCUCAAUUCACGACCGCCGCUACGGUCACAGUCGGAGGCGAUUUCUGCUGCGUCUGCCACGCCAAAUGCCUCUCACGCGCCGAAUCACUUCCUAACUGACACCGAAAGUAUUUCGGGUUCUUCGAAGGCGUCGUCAUCGAAGAAACCAGAGACAGAGACCUCCACCACGCCCUCCUCUUCGUCGUCGUCAUCGUCCUCACGUUCCUCGGGUUCCGACGACGACGAUUCGCAAACAGCCUACAAGUUCCAGAGGCGAAGGAGUAGGGCCGUGUUGUAUCAUCUGUCAGGCCAAUAUGCUAAAAAGAACAAACACCAUAAGCUCAAUUUUAAGCGUGUGCUUCCACAACUCUCAACAAAGAACUCAAUGCCCGAGUACAAGGUGCAGGAUCUAAAGGCUUCCCGUUGCAUUCUGCUUCACUACAGCAUCCUAAAGAUCGUCUGGGAUUGGCUAAUUGUACUUUGUACCUUCUACUUCGCCGUCAUGGUCCCCUACAACGCUGCAUUCCAGAGAGACACCAACGAGCGUUCACUCCGCACCCUCGACAUGAUUAUUGAAGUGCUCUUCAUUGUUGACAUCCUCCUAAACUUUCGAACGACCUACGUCAGCAAAAGUGGCCAGGUUGUACACCAGUCGAGAGCAGUGGCUCUCAAUUACAUCCGCGGCUGGUUGUUACUCGAUCUCAUAGCGGCGGUUCCCUUCGACGUCAUCUGGACCAUUCAGAGUCCAGAAUCACCCGUGGCUAAUUGGAUGCACCUGAUGAAGCUAGCUAGACUGCUGCGACUGGCACGACUCUUUCAGAAAAUCGAGCGCUACUCACAGUACAGUGCAGUCGUCUUGGGCAUCCUCAUGUGCAUGUUCUUCCUCCUCGCCCAUUGGUUCGCUUGUGGGUGGUUCGGACUGGGGAGUCGAGAGCUGCUUAACUUAGCAACAAGAAAUCACAGUGAGUGUGUUGAAGCUUAUUCUUGUGCUUAG